UUUAGGCCAGAUAUUAAUAUUUCGUGCUUUAUGCAUAAAGCUGAAACGUAAAACAUUCAUUUUUUCUAAGAACUGUUACAUUAUCACAGGAAUUACCAAUUUCCCUUUUCUUUUAAUCAUUAUCACUCACCAUGUUAAAACAUCCAAAACCAGGACUCUUCAGAUGUUCCAUAGAGUUUCGAUAAAGACCUGACUUUUGAUUAGCCCUUAAAUCACUAAUAAUCUGAACGGGAGCUUAGAUUGGCUAGGCGAAAUUUGCGUGGCACUAGGACCCAGGGGGCUCCCGCGAGCGGAUCUAGGGGCCAGAUUGCAAAUUCGCGGUGACUCAGUCUGGUCGGCUCCUUGCGCUCGGCGGCCGCGGCGGCAGCAGCAAACGUUGGCGGCCGAGCUGCUCCGGCUCAGUUCCCCUGGGUUUCGCCGUCCGAGACUCCCUUCGGGGGCACCUGAGGCAGCAAACCAAGAUGGAGUAUGAGUGGAAACCUGACGAGCAAGGGCUUCAGCAAAUCCUGCAGCUGCUGAAGGAGUCCCAGUCCCCCGACACCACCAUCCAGAGAACCGUGCAACAAAAACUGGAACAACUCAAUCAAUAUCCAGAUUUUAACAACUACCUGAUUUUUGUACUUACAAAAUUAAAAUCUGAAGAUGAACCCACAAGAUCAUUGAGUGGUCUCAUUUUGAAGAAUAAUGUGAAAGCACAUUUUCAGAACUUUCCAAAUGGUGUAACAGACUUUAUUAAGAGUGAAUGUUUAAAUAAUAUUGGGGACUCUUCUCCUCUGAUUAGAGCCACAGUAGGUAUUUUGAUUACAACUAUAGCCUCAAAGGGAGAAUUGCAGAAUUGGCCUGAUCUCUUACCAAAACUCUGUAGCCUGUUGGAUUCUGAAGAUUACAAUACUUGUGAGGGAGCAUUUGGCGCCCUCCAGAAAAUAUGUGAAGAUUCUGCUGAGAUUUUAGAUAGUGAUGUUCUUGAUCGUCCACUCAACAUCAUGAUUCCCAAAUUUUUACAGUUCUUCAAGCACAGUAGUCCAAAAAUAAGGUCUCAUGCUGUUGCAUGUGUCAAUCAGUUUAUCAUCAGUAGAACUCAGGCUUUGAUGUUACACAUUGAUUCUUUCAUUGAGAAUUUAUUUGCUUUGGCUGGUGAUGAAGAACCAGAGGUACGGAAAAAUGUGUGCCGAGCACUUGUGAUGUUGCUUGAAGUUCGAAUGGAUCGCCUGCUUCCUCACAUGCAUAAUAUAGUCGAGUACAUGCUACAGAGGACCCAAGAUCAAGAUGAAAAUGUGGCUCUGGAAGCCUGUGAAUUUUGGCUCACUUUGGCUGAGCAACCAAUCUGCAAAGAUGUACUUGUAAGGCAUCUUCCUAAGUUGAUACCUGUACUAGUGAAUGGCAUGAAGUACUCAGAUAUAGAUAUUAUUCUACUUAAGGGUGAUGUUGAAGAAGAUGAAACAAUUCCUGAUAGUGAACAGGAUAUAAGACCACGUUUUCAUCGGUCAAGAACUGUGGCUCAACAGCAUGACGAAGAUGGAAUUGAAGAGGAGGAGGAGGAUGAUGAUGAGAUUGAUGAUGAUGACACAAUUUCUGACUGGAAUUUAAGAAAGUGUUCUGCUGCUGCCCUAGAUGUUCUCGCAAAUGUGUAUCGUGAUGAACUUUUACCACAUAUCUUGCCUCUUUUGAAAGAAUUGCUUUUUCAUCAUGAAUGGGUUGUUAAAGAAUCAGGCAUCUUGGUUUUAGGAGCUAUUGCUGAAGGUUGCAUGCAGGGCAUGAUUCCAUACUUGCCUGAGCUCAUUCCUCACUUAAUUCAGUGCCUCUCUGAUAAAAAGGCUCUUGUGCGUUCCAUAACAUGCUGGACUCUUAGCCGCUAUGCACAUUGGGUCGUCAGCCAGCCUCCAGACACAUACCUAAAGCCAUUAAUGACAGAAUUACUUAAACGUAUCCUGGAUAGCAACAAGAGAGUACAAGAAGCUGCCUGCAGUGCCUUUGCUACCCUAGAAGAGGAGGCUUGUACAGAACUUGUUCCUUACCUUGCUUAUAUACUUGAUACAUUGGUCUUCGCAUUUAGUAAAUACCAGCAUAAGAACCUGCUCAUUCUUUAUGAUGCCAUAGGAACAUUAGCAGAUUCAGUAGGACAUCAUUUAAACAAGCCAGAAUAUAUUCAGAUGCUAAUGCCUCCACUGAUCCAGAAAUGGAACAUGUUAAAAGAUGAAGAUAAAGAUCUCUUCCCUUUACUUGAGUGCCUGUCUUCAGUUGCCACAGCCCUGCAGUCUGGCUUCCUUCCAUACUGCGAACCAGUGUAUCAGCGUUGUGUAAAUCUAGUACAGAAGACCCUUGCACAAGCCAUGCUGAACAAUGCUCAACCAGAUCAGUAUGAAGCUCCAGAUAAAGAUUUUAUGAUAGUGGCUCUUGAUUUACUCAGUGGCCUAGCUGAAGGACUUGGAGGCAAUAUUGAACAGCUAGUAGCCCGAAGUAACAUUCUGACACUGAUGUAUCAGUGCAUGCAGGAUAAAAUGCCAGAAGUUCGGCAGAGUUCCUUUGCCUUAUUAGGCGACCUGACAAAAGCUUGUUUUCAGCAUGUUAAGCCUUGUAUAGCUGAUUUCAUGCCAAUUUUGGGAACCAACUUAAAUCCAGAGUUCAUUUCAGUCUGCAACAAUGCCACUUGGGCAAUUGGCGAAAUCUCCAUUCAAAUGGGUAUAGAGAUGCAGCCUUAUAUUCCUAUGGUGUUGCACCAGCUCGUAGAAAUCAUUAACAGACCCAACACACCAAAGACGUUGUUAGAGAAUACAGCAAUAACAAUUGGUCGUCUUGGUUACGUUUGUCCUCAAGAGGUGGCCCCCAUGCUACAGCAGUUUAUAAGACCCUGGUGCACCUCUCUGAGAAACAUAAGGGACAAUGAGGAAAAGGAUUCAGCGUUUCGUGGGAUUUGUACCAUGAUCAGUGUGAAUCCCAGUGGAGUGAUCCAAGAUUUUAUAUUUUUUUGUGAUGCUGUUGCAUCGUGGAUUAACCCAAAAGAUGAUCUGAGGGACAUGUUCUGUAAGAUCCUUCAUGGAUUUAAAAAUCAAGUUGGGGAUGAAAAUUGGAGGCGUUUCUCUGACCAGUUUCCACUUCCCUUAAAAGAGCGUCUUGCAGCUUUUUAUGGUGUUUAAUCUCACACUUGAAUGCUGCAGUCCCAUAAUUAGAGGUCCUUCAGUCUUGGAGACCAUGAGGGAGCCUCUGCACCCAGGGAAAAUGUUACCCUUUACAGGGGGGAAGGGUAGACCAGUAGGGAAUACAGUACAGUCCCAACCCUACUGGGAGGGGCGGGAGGGAGGUGUUGCCGUCACUGUAUUAAGUCGAUGUUGGGAAAAGUUUUAACAUCUGGAGCCUUUGUGGGUGGAAAUCUGUCUCCAAUUCAACUCCGCACUGGAUGUGAAGAAGCAAAACAAAACAAAAAACAACAAAAAAAACUAUUCAGUCUACUCACAAAAUAGUAGUACAUUCUGGAAUAUUAUGGGGAAUUGUACCAAACAAGAACCAUAUAAAUGAUGCACAGGGGUAAGAAGGAGGGAUAUUCUAUAGCGCACGAUAAAGGAAGCCUAAGAACAGGGGUUACAGAUAAGUCAAGAAGUUUUUUGUUUUUUUUUGUUUGGUUGGUUGGUUUUUUUUUUUUAAUUUAAAGGUUUUUAUAAAUUUUCCCACAUGAUGGGGCUUUUUUUUUUUUUUUUUUUGCAUGCUGAUGAAGAACUACACAGAUGAAGCCUAUUAGAGUUAGUCAGCUUGCCUUCCCAUAGAAACAGGUUCUUGGAAGUUACAAUUUUAAGGUACCCCAAAAAAGUUGGAAAUAAAACAAAACAAAUUUAAACAAUGAAGCACCCUGUGAAAUGCCAAAUGAGUCACUCCUUUUACCUUUGUGGGGUGGGCAGGGAGGGAGGAAUAAAUGGGGUUGGGCAUAUCAAACUAAAGAUCAACAUCUUUUGCAUUAAAACAUUAAUGUAGUGGGUAUAAUUUGAUGGUUGUACUUCAUUAGAUUUAAUUUCUAGGCCAAGAUAUUAUUUUUAAAGUGCAGUUUAAGGUUCAGGCAUGCAUUCUGGCUCUCAUAGUGACUGAAAGUACUUUAUUUAAAUUAGUGGGAAAGUAGCAUGCUUGCAUCACAUAGAGUGAGAUUGGUAUUCAUUUACCUCUGUUGCGCCAGUUUGUGUUGCCGUUUACCAAUUCAAUAUAGCCCUGCAUUUAAAAAUUCCUUUUUAAGAUUUGUGGAUUUUAUUUUUUAUUAAGAAUAUAGAUAUAAAGUACUGUAGUUUACAGCUAGGCCUUGAAAUAACUUUUUAGGAUCUGUUAGGAAUAAGAUUGAUAUUGUAUUGUGUGUAACCUGCACAAUGUGGAAAGCUGAUAUACCUGUGCAAAAUCUUUGCCUCUGUGCUGUCAGUGUGAUGUGCUUUCUGCAUGGUUAUAUACUACUAGUGAUUUUAUCAGAACUCCUCAAACUUAAAUUACAUGGUCAGAGAUCUGUAAGAGGCUGCAUAAAUGUUAGUUGACACAUAAAGACAAUUGUAGAAGUUGGAAACAUGAUUGCUAUAUUUCAAUGUUUAUCCCCACUCAACUUAUUGCCUUCUAAGCUUUUUUGUUUUUGUUUUUGUUUUUUGUUUUUUGUUCAAAGCAUGAUCUUAAAGAUAUGUUUAAGUUAAUGGAUGUAAUGCAGGGUUCCUACACUGUAUUGGCGCAUGUUGGUGGCCCUAUGUGCCCUAGGUAUAUGCACACAAGGGUGCAAGUAAAAAGCUACAGAGUGAAAGUUUGUUUGGAUCCUCUUCAUUUCAUUUGUUUAGCUUUUCUGUUAUUUUUCUCUACUUACAUGUAUUCCUGUGAAUAAAUCCUUGUUAAGUUAACCCUUUACUUUUCCUUCCAUGUGUAUUUUCUUAUAUACUGUGAAUGUGAAAACCUAACUGGUACACUUGAUCUUGUGUCCAUAUAAAAGUGCAAGUCUUUAUUAAUUUGGUUUGCCUGAACAGUGUAUCCCAUGAUGAUGAAGGAAAAUGGAGAGAUUUUUUUUUUCUUUUUGACUCUGCUGGUCAGAGAUGAAGCCACACCUUUCCAUUUUUCAAUGCUGCAUAUUUAAUCUGCAACAAAAAUAUUAAGCCAUAACAACCUUUUUAUAUUUUAGUUGUCACCUUCGCAUUGCAGAAUAAAUACCGAAUAACCAUUUUUAUAAGCAGUUGCUCCUCUUUGCAUGGUUCUAUUCUUCUAAAGGUGUUGAAUGAUACAGCCAUUGCACUGAAGUUUGAGCUGUAUGCGUGUGGAUUUAUAAAUACCGUUUCAAAAAAUUUUAAAUGCAUGGUAGCAUGCAGAAAGGUUUUUGUUGUUACGUGUGUGUGUGUUUUAACAUAUUCUUUACCUUCUUUCCUCUAUCUUGGCUUUGCAAAUUUCAGUCUGUAGACCCUGAAACUCAUCCAUAAUGUAUGGUUUUUUAAAUUAUAAGUUGGAUCCAAAGCAUAUGUGGCAUUCUGCUUUUUUAGUGCCAUAACUUCAUUGGAAGUUCAAAAUCUGCUUCCUAGUCUCUAAACCCUAACUAGCAUUACUAUUCUUAAAUACAAGUAACACUCUCUAUAUAAUUUUUUAGUAUAUUCAAAACUUUCAUGGGAGAUAUUUAAUUUGGCAUAUAGUAAUCUAAAUUGAAAUUAAUGGCAAAAUUCUUUGCCAAACAUUUAAAAUAUUUAACCGGAAAAGCAAAAAUCCUACAAUAAAAUUUAUCAGGAUCUAUAAUUGGCAGUUCUGCAUCGACUAAAAAGCAAUGUUGUCUGCUGUUUGAUUAAAAGUUGAUUUCUAAUAAUUAGACAUACAACAUUAGAAUAUCCAUUUUAUAUUAACCUGUUUUUAAAUUAAUGGAAGAUUUGAAAAUAAAGGUUUUACCCUUGAAGUUAAUUUUUUUCCUGAUAUGUAUAUCAGUUAUGUAGUAUAUAGUAUGGGAAUUUGCAGAAGCCAUUUAAGUUAUCUUUUGAGGUAAGCUCUGAUUUAGCAUUUAUUGUUCUGAUAAAACAAUACAUCAUGGGAUAUAUAUAUAAAGCAACAUAAUACUUGUGGUGUAGUCUUAAUAGUCUUGAAUGUUGACUGAAUGCCUAUGAAAUUGUGAGUUUGUCUUUGUUACAUUCCAGUGUUUCUGCCUCUUGGCAUGCUUAAGGCACGGCUUACUUCAUCUGCUCCUUACACACUAAAGUGCUGUUAGUGUGCUCAACUUCAGAAAUAGCCGCUGCUAAGUGAUGUAGAUUUUCUACUUGAAUAUUUUUAUGUUGUAGGAACCUCAGGAGGUCAGUGUUUACUGUUUUAUAUAUGCCUUCUUUUUCCUGUUCGAGCUUUUCUCUUUGAAGGAUUCUAACAGAACAAAAGCUGCUGAUCAACCUAAGUUGGAAACAGAAAGUGUAUUUUAUAUAAUUUAAAUGCAUGUUUGGCAGUUCCAUGUUUUAGUUCAUUAUUAGUAAGUGAACAUAGUGCCACAGAUAUUCAUUUAUUCAGGAAAGAAUUUUGCUUUCUGUAUGUCUAAUCUUUAAUAACUUCAUACUGUAUAAAAAGGAAAUCACUUUUUUAUAUUUUUGGUUGAUUAUUUCCCAAAUAAUCAACAUGUAAAUAAUCCUUAAGAGCCAGUUCUGAUGCUUUACAUUACUGCUACUUAAUUUUGUGACGCAAGUUAGAUUUCAGAAGAAUAGAUUUAAAACACUUAAGCCAUUACAUCUUAAAAACAAAAUAAGUAGCAUACAUUUUGUAAUUAACAUAUUAAAAAACACUGUGAUUUAUUUGUUAAGACUUUUUCAUUGAUCAGAAUUGCUUAAAUUGCAUAUAUUGUAAAAUAGGAUCAGAUGUAUAUUUUAAAAUAAUUUCAACUGACUUUAUUGAAAUGCUUUGUCUACUCAGUUAUAAAAUAUUCAGAUACAAGUUUUAUCUCAGGUGAAUACUCUUGUAUUCUUUUUGCUUUGGUAACAUUAAAGAGACAUUAUACUCAAAUUCUUUGUAAAUUUAAUUUGGACUUCAUUUUCAUGAACGUACCAAGAUAAUACAGUAGAUAUUUUUCUGUUGGGCACUAAAUUACCCUCUAUAGUCAGGAUUCCAGAAUUAGACUAUGUCUUAAAACUACCUUUAGCCUAAAUUUAACUUAAAUCUCUUACCAUAUAAAAAGUGGUUGGUUGUGGGGUUUUUUAUUUUUUGGGGUUUUUGUUGUUGUUGUUGUUUAUUUUGGGGGGUUUUGCUUCAUAUAAUUAACAUAUUCAUAUUGAAUGUAUUAACAGAUAACGGUGCAAAAACAUUCUUCCCAAGAGAAGAGUGUAUCAUGCAUAAUUGCAACUAAAAUCUUUCCUUUAAGUACUUUAAAAUACUGCUUUGCAUAUUGACUUUUUUCUUUUUUCUUUUUUUUUUUUUUUUGGCAACUAAUACAAAGGGGAAAACACUAAUAACUUGCUACUAGUACUGUUACCAAAGUAUAGGCAUUGAAGUCUUUUAACAAAAACUGUGAUCUUCAGAUUAAGGAAGGGCCUGUAAUAAUCUAGAUAAAAAUUUGGUCCAUGGGCCAGAGAUAUCCAGGUGGUAAGGUACUUGCCUUGCACGUGGCUAUGUCAGCCAUGAUGCUUGAGCAAAUCCCCGGCACCACAUAUGGUCCCCUGAGCACCGCUGAGUGUGACCCAAAAACCAGAAAUAAAAUAAUAUAUAUAUAGGGUCUGCAAAAGCUGUUUAACAAAAAAAUAUAUAUAUAACCAAUUUAGGAUUAGUGUAUUGGAUGGAGAUUUAUCUAAUGCCUCUUUAAAAUUCAAAUAUACAUAAAAAUUUCAUUCACUUGUACACUUUGCAGGUGACUUGUGACUAAUUUUUUUGAUCUUACCAUUACUAGUAUAUGUAAAGAAUUCUUUAUGCCUAAUUAUUAUGUGUAUUAAUUUUAAGGUACACAUUUAAAUUAUUACAGCCAUUUAUUGUGAUUUGAUCCCAGAAUGUAUUUUUUUAAUGCAUGCAUGAUUUUGAGGGAAGUUAAACUGGUAUCUUUUUUUUUUUCUUUAACUUGUACAUUUUAAAACCAUACCAAAUCUAUUUGCCAAGUGUUAUUUAACUAAAUAGGAAAACUGUAGUUUCCCUUUUAUUACAAUUGUUGAUCACCUACCAUAGAAUGCCCUUAUUCUGUGGCUUGGUAUAAUGCAAAAUUAGCUAUUUGCAAAUCUAAUUAUCUUCCUAAAAGCCUACUACUGCUAUAUUAGGGUUCGCCUCUAAGGCAUAGUUGGUCCCCUUCUAAUACCAGCCUCAGAAAGGGGUUCCACUGCACUUUCCCUGCAUUACUGCUUUAUUUUCUUUUGUAAUAUAUAACCAAAUUAAGAGUGGAUGAUUUUUAUGGUGAUAACAAUUAGACUAUACUGUAUAAUUAAUUUUACGUGAUAGAUUGUGAGAAGAGAUGUUUAAACGUGGUUAAUGACUUCACUUCAUAUUAUAAAACUUUUACAUUUAAUUAAUAUACAUGUUAACAUCGGGUGCAAUAAUUUAGUAGUUUUAGCUUUAGUUAUAAAUAACUGGAUCUUUCUGCUGACAACUUAGGUUGUAUGAGUUAUGCUUAAAAAAAGCUUUAAAUCUGGUGUUUCCUGUACCUGCCACACUAUGUUAGAAUGUAUCCUUCAAACAUAUCCUCCUGCAACUUCUCAAACUGUACUAAAUUGAUAUUUCUUGAAGUCUAACUCUGUGCUAACAGAUCUUCAUUUUAAAUAGAAUACGGUUUUAAUUUUUGAUAAGCUGCUGAAUUUUAAAGAGAGUUUUUUGGGGCCACCAAAUAUUUUGGAUCAUGCAGAGAAUAUAUAUUGUACUGUAGUAAUUUUGUAUUUACAUUUGUAUGAUGUGACAUAAUAGAUGUGAAUGUUAAUCACUGCUUGACUAUGUUAAUAAAGUUGUUUAACUAUAGAUGUUUCACUCUGAUUUUUAAUGAAAGGAAAUGAACUUUCUUUCCCUCCAGUUUGGGUCCAGAUAGAUCUUGUGCUGGUUUUUGUUUGAGGUUUGUUUUAAGCUUAAACAUUAGUACAUUUUUGUUUAAUACCUGUUUUUAGUUGAGUACAUAUUUAGUUGAGUACAUACUUCCCUAAGUUAUGAUCUAACUCCUACUGUUAACAAGUUUCUAAACAGCUGGUUCUAGAUUCAGUUUUGGGGUGGGGGAGAUGGACUCAUACUGUGCUGCCAAAGUUAAUGAAAAGGUGAAAUUGUGAAUAAAGCAUGAUUAAGGGUAGAUUGCAUGAAUGUAUGAAUGUGUACUAGUAUUCUCCCAAAAAUUAAGGCUUGCAAUUUUACAAAUCAAUAUUGAUAGAAAAGUAGCUUCCCUCUCAGAUUGUAAUACAUUGUUACAGUUGCAUGUUACUAAUUACAACUAAGUAUAUUAAUACAUUUUAGGGGAAAUGUGUGCUCAAUUUUCUUAGUAAUGUGAGUUUUAGAACAGAAAAAGAUUAGGAGGAUUCUUUCAGUGAAACUCAAAAAUUCAGGGGAAAUAACUGAUCUAUUUACUUUUAUUAUCUGCACAUAAUUAAGGUACCUCAAAUUUUAACAUUUUAGUAAAACAAAUUAUAAAGGUGGCUUUCUUCCUUAUACCUGUUUUUGAGCUGACAUGAUUUUUAUCUUGGUUUGGUUUGAAUUCCAGUAGUUUGUAUAUGUACAUUUAGCAAUAAAUAGAAAAGUUGCAGUUGAACCACGGGUCUUUGCUGAGUUUAGUGGGUUUUGUUCCUUAAUAAAGAAACUCUUAAAGCUGUG